CAGGGGUCUGGGUUGGGGUGGAUGCUAUAGGCAGCGUGUGAUUGGUCGGUGCAGAGAGAGGCGGGACUGUACAAAGUCCCACAUCUGGCAGCUCUUACUGCUGCAGCUCUCUCAGAAACUCAGGAACAGUGAGUGGAACAGAGCACAGAGAACAUGUCUUUCAUUAAAGUUGAUCCAUCGUCCGACUUCUCCUUCCACAACCUGCCCUAUGGAGUGUUCUCCACGGCUAACAACCCCAAACGCCGUGUCGGUGUUGCCAUUGGAGACCAGAUACUGGACCUCAGUGUGAUCAUGUCUCUGUUCCGAGGGCCACUGCUGUCCAAACAUCAGGACGUCUUUGACCAGCCCACCCUGAAUGCCUUCAUGGCUCUUGGCUAUGAGUACUGGAGGGAGGCCAGGAGGACGGUGCAGGGAAUGCUGUCAGCCAAUGAGAGCGCUCUGAGAGAUGAUAUCAGCCUCCGCAGCAGAGCAUUCGUCCAUCAGACUGCAGCGACCAUGCACCUUCCUGCAGACAUAGGCGAUUACACCGACUUCUACUCCUCCAAAGAUCACGCCACCAACGUGGGCAUCAUGUUCCGGGGGAAGGAGAAUGCUCUGAUGCCAAACUGGUUGAGGCUCCCGGUGGGAUACCACGGCAGGGCCUCAUCAGUGGUUGUUUCCAGGACCCCCAUCCGCCGGCCCUCAGGCCAGAUGAGGCCUGACCAGACAAAGCCUCCAGUGUUCGGCCCGUCCAAGCAGCUGGACAUUGAGCUGGAGAUGGCCUUCUUUGUUGGAGGAGGGAAUCAGCUGGGGGAGCCAAUCCCCAUCGAGAAAGCCCAUGAACACAUCUUCGGCAUGGUGCUCAUGAACGACUGGAGCGCCAGGGACAUCCAGGCGUGGGAGUAUGUUCCUCUUGGUCCUUUCCUGGGGAAGAACUUCGGAACAACCAUUUCCCCCUGGGUCAUCCCCAUGGAGGCGCUGUUACCCUUUGCAGAGCCCAACGCGGUCCAGGACCCAGAGCCCCUCCCCUACCUGCAGCACCGGGACCCCUUCACCUUCAACAUCAACCUGUCUGUGUCACUUAAAGGACAGGACAUGGCAGACGCAGCAACCAUCUGCAAGACAAACUUCAAGUACAUGUACUGGACCAUGAAGCAGCAGCUCACCCAUCACACAGUGAACGGUUGCAACGUGAGACCAGGGGACCUGCUGGCCUCGGGGACCAUCAGUGGACCUGAUCCAGAGAGCUUUGGCUCCAUGCUGGAGCUGUCCUGGAGGGGGACUAAGAACAUAGAUCUGGGUGGAGAAGAGACCAGAACGUUCCUGAAGGAUGGAGAUGAAGUCACCAUCACAGGAUACUGUCAGGGAGACGGAUACAGGGUGGGAUUCGGACCCUGUGCAGGAACCAUCCUCCCCGCCCUCCAGCACUGAAACACACUGACUGUUACUGUAGGGGGGGGGUCCUUUAGCAGAGCUCCUAAUGGAAGACACACACUUACACACACACCUGCAGUAUCCCCCACUGUCGCCAAAGAUGACUCUGACCAAAAACACACACACACACACACACACACACACACACACACACACACACACACACACACACACACACACACACACACACACACACACACACACACACACACCUAUCAGAUGAUGUGUUUCCAGCUUCAGUAAAUAUUAGAAAAACUUCUCUCUGAUUGGUCGAUAGUCUCAGUGUUGUGUACAGUUGUGUCUUCUUAUGGAUUCCUCUGCAGUGCCUCAUCAGAGCGAUGCCCCCCCCGCCAGAGUGUUACUGAUAUACCAGGAUCAGUGUUAUUGAUGUUUAAUAUGUGAUUUAUAGUAAAGUAAUUCAUUUUUAAAUGUA